AUGGAUGAGUAUAUUAUUAAUAAUACCAUGGGCAGUUACGUACGGGCUAUAGUGGAGGCAACAGACAUAUGGCAAUCGUCACACCUGUGGGCCCCCAAAAUCCACAAUGAAGUCCAGAAUUUUGUCAAAAUGUUUAAGAAGUUGAAUGCAUUUGAAAGCAAUGAGUCAGAGAUAUCAACGUUAAUAAGAUUGGCUAUACUUAAGCACCAAAAGCGUAAUGUCUACGAAUGGCACGAAAAAUAUUUGACACAAAUUAUACCCGAAUGGGAAAGCGAUGACAUUAUCAUGGAUUUGUUAACGGCAAUAAUACUGUUUAACCCUGAUCGACCCGGAAUUGUCUAUAGAGAAGUUAUCAAGUAA